UGCGCUCUAAAGUGUUCGUUCUUUUCAGAAUUUUUACGUUUAUGUGUAAUUAAACACAAAUAUUUAACUUGUGCAUUUAUAAUAAUGAUAUAUAAUGCAUUGUUAACGUUAAUAGUUCUUGUGUAAGCUUACACCAGCCCUUCCAAACCAACAUGUCUUUUUUUCGCUAUGUGUAAGAGAAGUGUAAACUGUAGACUCGGUUUCGGCAAUGUGAGAGUGUUCAAUCAAAUGGUAGUGACAAGGUUGCUCCGCUAUAAAGCAAUUUAACUGGUUGCAUUCGAUUGACGGAUUGAGAACUGCAUUAAGGCGAAAAAUCAACAAUUCAACAAAAAAUAUAUGAGAAAAAAGGCGAAAAAUCAGCAAAAACACAACAGCCACACAGUGCGUAGGCAGCGGUAUUUGCACAGCAUUAAGUUUUGUUAGAACAACAAACAACAACAAUUCUACAGUUCAUUUGCGUUCGCAAAUAAACAAUAGCGAGCGAUUGUGAGCGAAAAAAAUUACGCCAGACACAAAACAACGUGAAUACUGCAAUCGGGCAAAGCUUAAGGACAACAAGUAGAGUGAGCAGAGGAGCAAGCUUAACAGUAUUAACGGUGCCCUUUUGGGUGUCAGCGGCUGCGGCGUUAACACGCGCGGCGGCCUUGACAGCUGUUUUUCUAGGACAACGGGAUCAGCAGCGCAUAUCUCACAUCCAUUUUCGGGAACCUUGUUGGUUCUGUUUUGGAAGCUGCCAAACUGCCAAUUGUGCGUAUUUGUAAUUUUAAUGGCAUUUCGUUGUUUGUUAUAUGCCACAAAAGAUGAACAAUGAACAAAUUGGUGUUUCAUCAAUAUCAUCAACAACCUUAUCAUCAUCCGCAACAUCCACAUCUGCAGCUGGCAGUAGCAGCCCAGCUGCUGCGCAACUCAUCAAGGCCAUAUCAACAGGCGCCGCAACCGCCACCGGUACCGGCAACGCCAAAGACAAAGACACAAAUAUUGCCACAUUGGUAACAAAAAUCCAAGCGAUUAUACCCGAUACGCCCAUCGUUUCGAUUGCCGCCGGCACGUUGAGUGAGAGCACCUCAACAACCACAUCGACUAAGACGACACCGACGCCCUAUUUCCAGGAGCAGCUAACCACCUUAAUGUCGCACAAUGUAAAGCUGGAGCAGCGUCCGGCCAACGACAGCAGCACCAGCAACAGCUGCAGCAACAAUAACAAUAGUCAAUCAGCAGCUGCCUCUGCGCCUAGCCAAAAUCAUGUGGCGCCCGCUGAUAAGAAAAACAAUAGCAGUAACAGCAACAGCGCUGCCGGCGGUGGCAGCAGCAGCAGCACCACCACCAUUGCGAACGCCGCGCAUCACAAUUUGAAUUUAACUCCGCUACUGAGCAAAUCUGGCCAACCAGCGCCCGAGGUGAUUGCCGCCGCAACUGCGCUGCAUCAGCGACGCGGGGCGACCACCAAAGGCAAGACCCAAGAUGACCAAAAUGUGGGCAAGCGUCAGAAGAAUAAAAAGACAAAGUACGAUGCUUGGGAGGAUAGCGAAAUAAAUGAUCUCGACGACGCAUCAUUAAAGAAACUGCUCGAGGAGGCCUAUUGGUAUCGCAAUCCGGGCGACAGAAAAAACAAAAGCGAGCGUUUUCUGCAAAUGCUCAAAAAGGCUGAGUACGACGAGGCGAAUUCUUAUCGUGCCAUCAAAACCUGUCUAACACGCAAUACGUCCGCAUCAUCAUCAACGUCCAGCGGCUAUUACGGCCACAGCAGCAGCGUCGGCAGCGGCAGCAACUUCGGAGCGCACAACAGCAGCAGCAGCUAUCACACAAACCAUCGGACAGCGUCGCAGCGUCAUAAGCAGGGGGGCUCUCUGCAGGACUUGGUCGAGGCGACGCAUCGCAGCGAGCUGGCAACAACGUCAUCAGCGGCGGCAGUAGCAGCAACCCAACGUUUCAACUGUGAUUAUCAGCUUAUUGGCGCCAGUAGCAGCAGUGGUGGCAACAGCAACGCCCGCGCCAAUCGACGCCAGCAGCACAACAACAACAGCAGCAGCAGCAGCAACAACCAAAACUCCGCCUUAGCUGGCAAGAAGUUGAAGAACAACAACAACAGCAACAACUCAUCCGUGUCAGCGCGACAACGCGAAGGCAGCAGCUUGCCAAGCACCGUCAACUUUGAGAUGGCCAACAUGGAUGCCAAGCAAAAGCUAGCCAUUGGUGAUGAAGGCGUGGCAAGCGAUGUCAAUCCGAAUCCCAAUCUCAAUCCCAAUCCGAAUCCGAAUGCCGCCAAUACUACUAACACCAAAGGCAAUCGCAACGACACCGGCAGCUGCAGCAGCUCGCCCAAUCAACUGAAUGAAACUGGGAACACUGUCAUUGAGUUCGAUGUAGAUGGGGAUGCUGCUGAUGUCGGCGGUGCCACCGGCGGUGCCACCGGCGGUGCUACCGGCGGCGCUACCGGCGGCGCUACCGGCGGCGGCAGCGCCAGCGGCAGCGGCGGCGGCGAUUUGGCCGCCAAUCAACUAUUUGAUCAAGCCUUGGAGGUAAGGGAUGGCACUGUAGAGAUGUGGGACAUCAACUUCGAUGAGACACUUUGGGAUAUGAUCAAUUAUUCCCAAGCUUAUUCAAAUGCCGAAGACGAACACCUGCUUAAUGAUACAUCAAAAUUGCAGGCGGCCCGUAAGGAUAAGGCAAUGCCAAAUGUGGCUGCUAACCAAGCCAUGUCCUUUAAAUGCGAGAAUCCACCGGACAUUCUCAAGCCAGAACAGCAGCCCGAUGCCAAGGAUUUGGGCUCUGUCAAAGAGUUCCUAAUUGAUGAUCCACUUCACUUCUCCAUGCUGGAGACGUCGGCCAAGAAUCAGAAACUGCAGCUGCAGCAGCAACAACUACCACUACCGCAGUACCCGCCAGCAUUGGCCAAUGCUGUAGCUGGCGGACAAUUCACGCUUCCGUUGGGUGAACAGAAGCGCAAGGUGGACGCCGGCUACGUCUCUCUCAAUGAUAGCUACACGGCCUGCUCGUCCGUGUUCGGAUUGACCAACAUGCCUGGCAGCUUUUCUUCGGGCGGCAGUGGCUCGUCCAAGGGCUCUGGCGGCGGCAACAGCGCUGAGCUAUUUGGGGGCGGAGAUCUACGUCCGGCCAAGAUUGGACGCAUGAUGACCGCAGCGGCCGCUGCAGCUGUCGUCGCCUCUCACGGCGCCAAGACCACAACGCGCCAGUUUGAUGAGAACGGCAACGCGUUGGGCGAUGGCUAUGCCGCUGGCAAUGGAACUGGCAGCAGCAGCAGCAACAACAACAACAAUAACAGUAGCAGCAGCAACAACAACAACAAUGGCAGCAGUGGCAACAACAACAACAACGCCAGUGGCAGCUCCUCCUUCACAACGCUUAUCACAACCACCUUGGGCAGCGGCGGCGGUGGCAGCGCAUUGACAGCCCCGCUUCAGCAGCAACAUCAUCAACAACAUCAACAACAUCAUCAUCAGCAACAGCGCUCGAAUAGCGUCUCCACAUUGCUCACAACUGGAGGCAAUACAACAACAACAGCCAUGGCUGCCGCCGCAGUAGCCGCAUCCUUUAACAGCCAAUUGCAGCAGACGCCAGGCUCUGCUGCUGUUGCGCCGUCGCAGCCGCCGACGAAGCUCAAGUCGAAGAAGAAGUCACAGCAGGAGCGCAACACGACCACAGUUGAUGUGGAAUCGGUGGCCGGUUACCGUGGCAAGGAUCCCGUUGAGCAGCUGGUCAAGUACAUUGAGAACGACGGCUCUGCGUGCGCGCAACAGCAACAGCAGCAGCAGCAAAAGAAAAAGGAGCGCAAGAAGCAGAAUAAGCUUAAGAAAUGCAACUCGCUGGAGGAGCUGCGCAGUUGCGCCAAAAUGGAAGUCGAUGAACUGAAGCGUCAGUCGGCCACCACCGAAAUGAUGCGCAACAAAAAGGGCGGAAAGCACAAUUCCGCCUCAGUGGCAGACAUCAACAAGAAUUGCAACAAGGAGCAGCAGCAGCAGCAACAACAGCAACAGCAACAACCAACAGCACAACAAUCGCAACAGACAGCAGCGCCGCGCAAGAGCGAGCGUCGCUCCUGGGGCACCGAGGAGCUGCAGUAUUUGGGCGAGACGCCGCCCGCAUUGAGUGAUGCCAAGUUGAAUGACAGCGGCAACAGCAGCUCCAGCAACAACUGCCCCGACACGCCCUCCUCCUCCUCACAGCUGGGUGCAGCCGGAGCAGCUGGAGCAGCAGCCGCAGCGGGCGCUUUGCAGGCGCUGGAAUUGCCAACGCUGGCGCGCAUGUCCGAAAUGGAAGCGCUGAAUACGGUGCUCAGCGAAACGGCUGAGUUUCAUGUGGUCACCAAAAAGAAGAAACCAAAGAAACAGCGCGCCGUCACCAUGGACGAUGCGGCCGUUGCGGCAGCGGCAACAACUGGCGGCAAUUUGCAGCGCAUGCAACAGAUAACCAAAUCGGCAUCGUCCAACAUGAUGUCACAGCGUUUGCGCACCAACAUAGACUACUACAACAAUAGCAGCAGCAGCAGCAGCAGCAACAACUACUACUAUGCAGCACAUGCCAGCUAUAACAACAACAGCAGCAGCAGCAGCAACAAGCAACAGCAACAACAACAAGCACAGCAGUCACAGCAACAACAACAACACGCUGCCACAUCAUCAGCCACAGCCGCUGCAAAUGCUGCAGCUGCUGCUGCUGCAGCUGUUGUUGCUGGCGGCAGCGGCACGCAGGAUAAUUCGCGUCGCAAGUCCACAUCGUCUAUGCCGCCCUCGGAGAAAUCCGAUUCAAGUGAUCUCGACUCGGUGCACUCGUUGCCCAUACAAACCGUUAAGAAGAAGAGCAACAACAAGCGCGUCGCCGUUCAGGCCAAGCACAACAACAACAACAACAAUAGCAACAAAAACAACAACAGCAGCAACAAUUCAUCGGCGCCCAUUUCAUAUGCGGACAUUGCACGCAACAAACGCGAACAGCUGGCCCAUGGUCACGGCGAGGACAGCGAUGCUGGCGAUGCACCAGGUCUGGUGUCGCCGCAAACGCUGCUGCUGCUGGAAAACAAGCUUAAGGCCAGGUCCAAGCAGCGUCCCGAUUUUCCAGAGCUGCCGGGCGCCAUGGCUGCAACAACAGCAACGGCCGCAGCCAUAGCAGCUGGCGCUGCUGCAGCUGGCGCUGCUGCAGCCGCAGCGCUCAUUAGCUAUUCGCAGAGCCUCAACAAAACAGCUGCCCCCAGUGACACGGAGGCCAACAGUCAGGAACAGCAGCAGGCAACAGCUGUUGCCACUGGCACGCCCGCAGCGACAGCAGCAACAACUGCAACAACAACCACAACAGCAGCUGCGGCAGGCACAACUGCCGGCAGCACCUCGAAUCUGACAACAGCAGGCGCUGGCGCCACAGCGGCACCAGCACUGCAAAAGUCCAAGAGCGUGGAGCACGAUGCCAGCAGCAGCAGCUAUAGCUUCAACAGCAGCAAUCUGGAUCUGCAGUAUCCAGCGCUGGAGAAGACCGUCAAGCGGCACAGCCUCAAUCAUGUCCCGCUGCCGGCGAAUGUGGCCACUGGCUACAACUUUGCAGCAGCUGCCAAGCAGCAGCCGGAAAAGUCCAGCAUGGAAGUGGCACAGAGUGCAGCAGGCGUAGCAGCUGCAGCAACUACCUCAGGCAAGGCCAAGUGCAAGCCAAAGGAGCUCUCGCCCAGCAGCAACAAGAACAAGGAGAAACUCCUUAGCCAGAAGCCUAGUCAAGAUGAGAUAUCGCCGCCGCCGCCGGCGCCGCCCGUUAGCUUCAAUUUGGCCAGUGGCCACAGUGGCGGCACCAUUACCUACAAGGCCACAGCGGCCACGCAGACGGAGGGCGCCAAGAAGCAUAGCGGCGGCACUGCAGCAGCGGCUGUGCAGACCACAUUGCCGCCGGUGGGCAACAGACCGGCUGUGAUUAUACUCAACGAUGAUCGCGACUCGAAGCUGGGCAGGCUCAACAACGAGUUCAUCUUUGGCGAUUUCAAUGAGGACGAACUGAAGCUAUUUGACGAUGCCAGCGACAAGGAGUCCAACGAUAAGCAACAGACAACGGAACAGCAGCUGUUGCAGCUGGACAAGGAGCAACAGACGAUGCCAACAACGGCAUCAACAGCAACCGCUACCGAUCCCAGUUGUGAGCAACAGCAACUGCAAUUGCUACUCAAUGAUUCGGGCACUGCCUCCGAUGUGGUCAACAGCUCGGCCUGCAUGGAUCUGCUGCUUAUCUCAGGGCAGGCGGCACAGUCGUCGCCCAAUGCAGCCGCUAACAACAGCAACACCAGCAACACCAGCAACACAAGCAGCAGCAGCAGCAGCAACAACAAUAGCAACAACAGCAACAACAACAAUUUAUCAACAUCCUCGACACCAUCUUCAUCCGCCUCGUGCUCAACCUCGGCCUCCUCAUCGACGCUGAGCAGCAGCAAUGGCAAUGGCAAUAAUGGCAAUGGCGGCGGUGCCGCCAAUCAGUCCAAUGAUAGCGGCAUCUAUGGCGCUGCUAACAUAUCCAAUACCAUUGCCGCCGCCGCUGCCAUCAAGGAUCAGGUCAAUCAUUUUCUCAGCAAGGCCAGCGCCAGUGCCAGUGCCAGCCACAGCCACAGCCACAGCCACAGCCACAGCCAUAGUCAUAGUAACAGCAGCAGUUGCAGCAGCUGCCACGAUGAGCCGCUGCCCAUGCAGCAGCUGGAGACGUGCAACGAUAUCGAGACGGCAAUUAUAGCGGCCGCACGUGCUGCUGCUGCUGCUGCCGCCUCCUCGCGCAGUGCCAGCUGCAGUCGCAGCAAUUCGCUGGAGCAGCCGCCUGCCACAAAAACAGGCGCUGCCAAAACCAAAUCCCGACCAGCUCUCUACACGACCUACAGCAAUGCCGACAAUCCAGCUGCCCACGAUGAUGAUGAUGACGAUGAUAAUGAUAAUGAUAAUGAUGACGAUGAUGAUGAGGAGCAGCUGCACGAGCUCAGCUUUAUGUCCGAUCUCAAAACGGACUUUGUGGCAACCGCGCCGCCGCAACUGUUGCCCACACCACCGACGCGCCAAUCUCUCAUGUCCAACACGGAGCUCAUUGUGGACUACAUCAGCAGCUCCUGGAAUGCCAUAGUCAAUAGCAAGUACGUGACCUUCUACAAUGAUCAGGAGGAACAGCAACAGGAAACUUAAGGAAUCGAAUGAACUCCUGAUGCCGCUCGUCGCCCUCGGCCGUUGCACUCCUGCUGCAAUUUAAAUUGGAAAAAGGAAAACAAAAAAAAAAACACACACACACACAGGAGAAAAAAAUUAAAGAAAUGAAACGGAAAACUGUAAACAAAAGCAAAAGCAAAAACACACAAAAUUUUAUAUUAUGUUGCAUGGUUAAUUGUUGAACCUAUAUUUAUGUGGUGUGCUGUCCAUUGUUAACACACAAUUGCACACACACACACACACACACACAAAUCACAUCUACCAGCUACACCUACACACAUAUAUAAACAUAUACAUAUAAUUAUAUAUAUACCUGUAUAUAUAUAUUUAUAUAUAUAUUUAUAUUUGCUAUAACAAUACGCUUUUUAAGCUAAUGUAAUGUAUAAUUGUACCAACUAUUGUUGAACUAUAUUGAUCACCAUUGGAAGCCUCACAGAUUAUCAAUAAACAAAAACGAAACAACAA